AGGAACGCCAGAUGUUAAAAGGAGGAGUUUUGCGUUUGAGAUUUCGGUCGCUGGGGGUGAGGGGGCGUUGUUAGCCGCGGGAGUCAGAUCGGUGUCGCCCCUUCACCCUGGAAUUUCUUGGAUCCGAAUAUGCUUCGAUCCCUUCGCUGUUGUUAGCCAGACGGCGUCGCAAUUGGGCCCCGUGGCUCCUACAAAGACGACGGUUCGGAAUGUGGGCUUGAGUCUAGGGAGGUGUUUGGGUUGGUCAUUUUACCUUCUUCUGCUCAUUUCCGUGUCAGAGGAGGUAUUUGUGGUCUAGAGCUUCGUAAAGAUCGCAUCUUGCAGAGAUUUCGUGGUUUUAUGAUUUGUAACUGUGCGGAAGGUGGACAUAGGGGAAGAAGAUGUAUGCCGUGGGGAAGAUCGGCAGCUACAUCUCCCGGGGGGUGUACACCGUCUCGGGCCCCUUUCAUCCAUUCGGAGGAGCGGUGGACAUCAUCGUUGUCCAGCAGCAAGAUGGGAGCUACAAGUCCUCGCCGUGGUAUGUCCGGUUCGGGAAGUUUCAAGGUGUCUUGAAGACAAAAGAAAAAAUUGUCAGGAUAUCUGUUAAUGGCGUUGAAGCUGGAUUCAAUAUGUUCUUGGACCAUAAAGGAGAGGCCUUCUUCCUCAGGGAUGCGGAAGCUGGGGAACCAGAACCCGUCUUGUCACCGCCAACUUCUGGGGAUGAGACAGAGGAAAGGGUGAAGAAUGGGGGAUUUAAAAAGAUACGGAGCUUUGAUGUCGAGGGUGGACAAAAGGAGCUAGUCACCCGGGUGGAUAAUGGGAACGGUAAGCUUGUGACUCGAACAAGUUCAAGACGAUCAGCGAUCUUAGGUCUUAUGUUUGGGCGGAAGUCGAUCAAGGAAAACGGCAAGGGCGGAAAUGUGGACAGGGUUAGGUCAAUGGAGCGUGCAGAGAUUGCAGCUGACCUCUUGGAAGUGAAGUGGUCAACCAAUCUGAAGCCCAGUGACCAGAGAUCUGACAGUACUCAGGUAAAAUCAUCUGAGGAUAGCGAGAUGAAUGUUUGUGUUGCUGAUGAAGAACAUGAUUCUCAGACAAUUUUGCCAAAUGAUGACUUACAUGGUGAUGAAAAGCUCGAUUCUCAUGGUGAAGGGAUGGAUGAUGAUUUUAGGAGAAGCAUUUCAAGCAGAAGUUGUUCAGAAGAAGAAAGAGAUAAUGACCCUUCAUGUCCAAGAGUCACUGAGGAAACCACAGAGACAUAUACAUCUGAGACUGGUGAUAGGGAAAUCUCUGAUCAAAGUAACUCUGAAUUUGUCUUUAGGAACCCUGUUGUCGAGCCUAACUUAGAUUUUGAUGCAACUUCUUGUGAUGCUUUUGUUUCACAUGAUGAGGAAAUAGGUGAUGCACAUAGGAACCUCAUGCUUUCUGAAAAGAAUUCCGAAGAGGAAACCUCCCAAGAAAUGGUUGUGCAGAUUUCUACCUUGGUGGUUAGUGAUAUAACUGAUAGAAACAAGUUGAUCUCAGAAUCGGUGACAACACAAUCAGACAAGAUUGAUACCCAGAAUCCUGGUUCAGCUGCAUAUUACGAUGACACACAACAAUUGCAUACCGGAAGCUCUGUGGGUUCAACACGAGGCAUUUUUACAUGUGAUAGUGACAGAAAUGGAAUUACUUCUUCCAGCUACCAUGAGACUGUUGAAAGGUCAGUUACUAGAAUUAAUUUUUCGGAUGACAAGCCUUCUGGGCAUUUGGACUUUCUUUCUAUUGGGGCUGAGCAAUGUGAGAAUGGAUUUUUGUGCGACACUAGAAACAUGGUUCAAGAAGUAAAUGACCUGUUAGCAUCAAGUGCAUCAUUGAGUAAAGAAAAUUCAGAUCGUUGCCAUGACCAGGGCUUGGAAACAUCUAGAGUUAGUGAGUCUUAUGUGUUUGAAAAAUUGCAAUGUGACUAUACCAGAAAUGGGGCAUUUGAGGAUUCAGAUGACAGUGUGUUUAUUACUGAAUCUGUUUCCAAUUUAAGCUCUGAACAAUUCUCAAGUUGUAUUCCCUUUUUAUACAAUCAACAGUUGCUAAGCUGUGAAGAUGAAGUCAUAUCUAUGGAUGUUAUUGCAGAGGAAUCUUCUCAUGACAAAGAAACUGACUUUCAGCAAAUUGAUCUCUUUGGGAAUCACCAUCAGAUGAGGGAAAGAAAAGCUGCUCAAGUCACCUCUUUUCCAUUUGAUGUAUCAAAUGAUCCACUUAAUUCUGGCUCUUCUGCAGAAUCACAUAGCAUUUGUGAUAUACCUAAUUCUUGCAACUCGAGCAAUGUAACUCAAGAAAUAGGAAAUUUUGAUGUAGGUAUUAAUCUGAAGAGGUCCUAUUCUUUUGAGGAGAUUAAUGUUGCUCAAGAUUUUGGUAUCUCUAGCCCUACAGAAGUAGCAGAAUAUCAUGUUCCCUGCUCUGACAUCUUGGAAGAUAUUCAAUUUCCAUUUAGUGAUAUCGACAAUUUUAAUAUGAAAGAUAUUGACGCUGAGCUAUCAAACAAUAACAAGGUUGUUCAUGCUGAGCAUCCGCUGACACCCACUGCAUGCUGUGAUCUAGAAGAGCAAGACCUGCAAAUAAAGAACCCUAAACAGCCUCUGGAGGGAAUUUCUGAUGUUCUAAUAUCAACUUCUAGUCCAAUAAGUAUCCAGGGAUGCAAGACAAGUUCUCGAGAACCUGAACUAUCAUCUAGAUCAUUGCCCGUUAUUCGUAGUCAUAUUAAGGAUCUCAAAGGAUCAGAUCUAUGCUCAAUGAGUUGCUCAUUGGAAUCAAAAACUGACAUAUGUAAGCUGGACAUGCUUAAGAAUGAAGAUUCUAGCUCUUCAAGGUUGGUGGCAGAGCUUCAAACAGAAGCAAUGCAAGGAUAUACAUCUGUUGCUGCUGCUACUGCUAGCUCUGCUCAAAAUGAGGAGGAACAGAAAGGCACUUUGGCAAAUCCCACCGUUGAGUUAUCCCUCUGCAAGCAAUUGUUAUUUGAAGGGAUGGGAGCAGGUGCAGCUCGUCAAGUAUUUGAUGCUAAAAAGGUGAAUUUGGAGCAAUUUUCUGCUUUGGGUCCAUCUCUUUUGAAGAAUGAAAAACUUGUUGUCAGAAUUGGUGAUAGAUACUUUCCAUGGAAUGCAGCUGCACCUAUUAUCUUGGGAAUGGUUUGUUUUGGUCAGGAAAUAAUAUUGGAACCUCAAGGUAUGAUACCUGUGGAUGGAGAUGAGGAAAAAAAUGGAGCUUCUAGAAGCAUCACACCAUCUCGAGGGAGUUGGCUAUGGCCUUUCUUGAAAAGGUCCAAGACCAUAAGCAAUGCUCAUGCAACCUCUAAAGGUACCAAUGAGAUGGAUGUGGAUCUGGCUUCCCAAGGGAUUGGAAACAUGACUCAACAAAGUGACAUGCUGCAAGCCAAGAACUCUAAGAAGGUGCAGUCACUUACUCCAACAUCUGACGAAAUUGCUUCCUUGAAUCUCAAAGAGGGCCAGAAUGUGGUUACGUUUAGUUUCUCAACACCAGUGCUUGGAUCACAGCAGGUUGAUGCAAGGAUAUAUCUUUGGAAAUGGAAUACUCGGAUAGUUAUCUCUGAUGUAGAUGGAACUAUCACCAGAUCAGAUGUUCUUGGGCAGUUCAUGCCUUUGGUUGGUAUAGAUUGGUCCCAGACUGGUGUUGCUCAUUUAUUUUCUGCAAUCAAGGACAAUGGAUAUCAAUUGCUAUUUCUCAGUGCCCGUGCAAUUUCACAGGCUCAUCUGACACGACAGUUCCUUUUCAACCUUAAACAGGAUGGAAAGGCUCUGCCAGAUGGUCCAGUUGUCAUAUCUCCUGAUGGUCUCUUUCCUUCACUUUACAGAGAAGUUAUCAGAAGAGCCCCACAUGAAUUCAAGAUCUCAUGUCUAGAGGAUAUUAAGGCACUUUUCCCACCUGAUUGCAAUCCAUUCUAUGCUGGCUUUGGAAACAGGGAUACUGAUGAGAUUAGUUACCUCAAGGUUGGAAUUCCUAUAGGCAAGAUCUUCAUUAUCAAUCCUAAGGGUCAGGUCGCAGUAAAUCGCCGAGUUGAUACAAGAUCAUAUGCUUCACUCCACGAGUUAGUCAAUGGAAUUUUUCCACCAAUGUCCUCAUUAGAACAGGAGGACUACAAUUCAUGGAAUUUUUGGAAAUUGCCUCUUCCUGAAGUAGAAAUUUGAACCUCAAAACAAUUUCUUUAUCAGCAAGAGGACAUCAAUUGGCGCAAGAAUGCUCACAUAUGCGGGAAAAUUCAGGUCAGUUACUCGGACAUGGAAGCAGUAAGGGCGCAACUACAUAUAUUUCAGGAAAGGUGAAAAAUCAUUUGCAUUAUCAGUAGGAAUAUGUAGCUUAUGUCUAUGUAGGAAUGGACUAGUAUUCUGCCACCUUAUGGAGAAUGUGAUACAAAUAUGGAUGAAAUGUUAUCUGAAUUUCCUGUUUUCAUAAAUGACGAAAAUUUCCAGCCAGUCAUCGGCUGGUUGUGGCAAUUGCUGAAAUGUGUGAUCCUAUGGCAUUUCUUUCUUGGAGACUCCUUUUGUCCACUCUCUAACUCCAAAAGAAGGAACUCAAUUAACGUAAGCACUUUGUUGUUUCUUCCUAAUACCGAACUUAGCUUAUUGACCUGAACCCGUGCUCUCCCCGAAAUACAAGUAUGUCGCUCGUUCUGAACCUUUCCCGUUAAUCACAGAUUGGCACUUCAAGCUGAAAGAAGAACAACCAGCGCCAAACUAUAGCUUCAAAUCACGGGCGGGCAGCAUCUUGUUGAUCUUGAUUUUGUUUUUAUUUACUCUAAAAAAUCUGAACCUUUUGCAGGCCAAUUACUUGUUGGUCAUGGCAAAUGCAUAUAAUCCAGCGGUCGGACAAUGUACAUAGGGCGUGAACAAGUCAAGGAUCCGGAUCUUUCAUACACAACAAAUUUGUAUACUUCUACUAUAAGGUCACUCGACCAAUGUCAUCAUUGCUUUGGAUGUACUACUUCAUGAGAAAAGAACAGAAUUUUCGAUGCAUGUGACAGUUGAAGUUGAUAAAAUACCCUACUCUGUCUUAGAUUAUGCAAGUUUUCAAGGAUCAGCGGUCCAUCAUAUUGCCACAACAAAUGUUCACAUGGUUCGCUAUGUAUAAUGACAGCAUUACGAACAGCAUGGUUUACUUAUUCAUUUAUUUCCUUUUCCGAGACAA